AUGGUUGGCCAAUUUAACACAGGCCCUCUUGGGGUCUUCAGAUACCAAGAGAACACCGAGCCUAUUCGUCAGCUAAAUGGCGUCAAUACAAAAAGUCCUCUUGUGGCUCGCACGCCAGACGAGAAAAGACCUGUGCCCACCGAUGAUGACGAUGAUGAUGAGCCGGAGGAGAAUGUGGACACUCUCAUUGAAGAGCUCCUCACCUUAGACGGCCCUGUCGAUGUAGAAGAUGAUAUAUCGAACGAGCCUGGUGUCACCCGUCGCGUUUCCGAAGAAAUGUUGCAGACAGAUCCGCAGAAGGGUCUCAGUGAGAGUGAGGCCCAAUACCGACGGAGAAAGUACGGUCUUAAUCGAAUGAAAGAGGAAAAGGAGAACAAGUUCCGCAAGUUCCUGAGUUUCUUCAUUGGUCCGGUACAAUUUGUCAUGGAGGCUGCUGCAAUCUUGGCUGCUGGGCUUCGCGAUUGGGUUGACCUCGGUGUGAUAUGCGCGCUUCUUCUGCUGAACGCCUCCGUGGGCUUCAUCCAGGAAUUUCAGGCAGGUUCUAUCGUCGACGAGCUGAAGAAAACACUAGCUCUCAAGUCAGUUGUUUGUCGUGAUGGCGAUGAAAAAGAGAUCGAUGCAUUAGAGCUUGUCCCUGGAGAUAUAGUGAAACUCGAGGAGGGCACCAUUGUACCUGCCGAUGGUCGGCUCGUUUCAAAAAAUCUCAUUCAAGUGGACCAAUCUUCUAUCACUGGGGAGUCUUUGGCAGUCGACAAGCAUAGAGGAGAUACUUGUUAUGCUUCGUCUGCCGUCAAACGUGGCCGCGCAACUAUGCUUGUCACCGCCACUGGUGAUUAUACAUUCGUCGGUCAAGCUGCUGCGUUGGUUAACGCUGCUUCCUCUGGAUCCGGUCGCUUCACUGAAGUGCUCAACGGGAUUGGAGCGAUUCUACUGGUCCUAGUCAUCAUUACCCUAUUCAUCGUUUGGGUGUCAUCAUUCUAUCGGUCAAACAACAUCAUCACAAUACUUGAAUUUACUUUGGCUGUUACAAUCAUCGGCGUGCCCGUUGGUCUACCUGCGGUUGUCACGACUACCAUGGCGGUAGGCGCUGCAUAUCUGGCAAAGAAAAAGGCCAUCGUGCAACGACUAUCCGCUAUUGAGUCCCUGGCCGGCGUUGAAAUUCUCUGUUCUGACAAGACUGGGACACUGACCAAGAACAAACUGUCCUUGUCUGAGCCCUAUACGGUUGCAGGUGUUGACCCGGACGAUCUCAUGCUGACUGCGUGCUUGGCUGCGUCGAGGAAAAGGAAGGGCAUGGAUCCCAUUGAUAAAGCAUUCUUCAAAGCACUCCGGGACUAUCCUCAUGCUAAAGCUGCACUGACACAGUAUAAAGUGUUAGAAUUCCACCCAUUUGAUCCGGUCUCGAAGAAAGUUAUGGCCGUGGUCCAGUCGCCCCAGGGUGAGCGAAUUAUCUGUGUCAAGGGCGCUCCUCUCUUCGUUCUGAAAACCGUUGAGGAAGAUGAUCCGAUCUCAGAAGAGGUCGAUGCAGCAUACAAGAACAAAGUGGCUGAAUUCGCAACUCGAGGUUUUCGCUCCCUUGGUGUUGCUCGCAAGCGCGGCCAGGGUAAAUGGGAGAUACUCGGUAUCAUGCCUUGUUCAGACCCUCCGCGGCAUGACACUGCCAAAACUAUCAACGAGGCUAAGAAGCUUGGGCUUUCAAUCAAAAUGCUCACUGGCGACGCAGUUGGGAUCGCCCGCGAGACUUCUCGUCAAUUAGGGUUGGGCACUAACGUGUAUAAUGCCGAGCGGCUCGGUCUCGGUGGAAGGGGAACAAUGCCAGGCUCAGAGGUCUUUGAUUUCGUUGAAGCCGCGGACGGUUUUGCAGAGGUCUUUCCUCAGCAUAAAUACAAUGUUGUGGAGAUACUUCAGCAACGAGGCUACCUUGUGGCAAUGACCGGUGACGGUGUCAACGAUGCCCCUUCCCUCAAGAAAGCCGACACUGGUAUUGCUGUCGAGGGUUCUUCUGACGCAGCCCGGUCUGCGGCUGAUAUUGUCUUUCUUGCUCCCGGCUUGUCGGCGAUCAUCGAUGCGUUGAAAACUUCUCGCCAGAUUUUCCACCGUAUGUAUGCAUAUGUGGUCUAUCGUAUAGCCUUGUCAUUGCACCUUGAGAUCUUCCUGGGCCUAUGGAUUGCGACAAUGAAUGAAAGCCUUAACUUACAGCUUGUUGUUUUCAUUGCCAUCUUUGCCGAUAUUGCAACGCUUGCCAUUGCUUAUGACAAUGCACCCUACUCCAAAAUGCCCGUGAAAUGGAACCUUCCCAAGCUAUGGGGCAUGUCGAUCCUCCUUGGCCUGGUACUUGCAGCAGGAACAUGGAUCACGCUGACCACCAUUCUGACUACUGGCAAGGAGGGUGGUAUCAUUCAAAAUUUUGGAGAACGUGACGAGGUUCUGUUCCUAGAAAUAUCACUCACCGAGAAUUGGCUCAUCUUCAUCACACGCGCCAAUGGACCUUUUUGGUCAUCGAUUCCGUCAUGGCAAUUGACGGGAGCCAUUCUGGUGGUCGACCUGGUUGCGACCUUUUUCUGUCUAUUCGGCUGGUUCGUCGGCGGUCAGACCUCAAUUGUUGCCGUUGUUCGUAUCUGGGUCUUCUCGUUUGGCGUGUUUUGUAUAAUGGGCGGUCUCUAUUAUUUGCUGCAGGGCUCAACGGGCUUCGAGAAUCUCAUGAAUGGCAAGAAGAGCACAAAACAACGAUCGCUCGAAGACUUCGUGGUCGCUCUGCAGAGGGUUUCAACGCAACAUGAAAAGAACUCAUAA